AUGUCUAAAAGAGACUCAAUGGAUCAACCUGAGGUGAAGAGGAAACGGAGAACACCACUUUCGUGCAUCUCAUGCAGAAAUAGGAAAGUUAAAUGUGACAGACAUAAACCCCGUUGCUCACGAUGUGAAAAGGCAAAUAUAGCAUGUGAAUACGAUUCUCCAAUUUUAUUUUCUGAAAUAACCACCUCUUCUAUCGCCGGAGAGAAAGAUAAUUAUAAUAUGUUCUUUGUCUCAUCGUUGGAGAAGACAAAUAAAAAGAAUGAUCCGGUGAUAGACGAACCCUACGUGUCUGCAAAUGGAGAUACAGCCCAAGAGAAGUUAAAGAGAAUCAAUGAAUUAAAGAAAGAGUUACACGAUCUUGAACAGUCAUUCAAUGAAGAAACUGAAUGUUUUUCGUUGAUUUUAGACUACGAUAACAACUCUUCUGUACAUUUUGUCAGCAAAUAUAAUGCGAGGCUCAUGGCGUUUGGAUCAUUUAUGAUGUCAAGUAUUUGGAAGAGAGACCCCCUAAUGAAAAAGUUCAUUAAGACUUUUGUCAUACUAAGAAGCAAGGCGAUCAAGGUGGUGCCAAGUAACGAUCCUGCACAUAUAGUCGAAAGGUACCUUCCGCAGGCAAAAGAGGAAGGUGAGCCUAAGUAUCUUAAACACAUGAAAAUAUUCGAGUUUUUGAAUAGCCAGCUAAAAUCAAAGAAAAGUACCAAAAUAAUGCUAGAUAAAGAAGGUAUAGUAAAGAAAAUUGAGGAAGUUAUUCCACCACUGGAGGUGAUCAAUUUCCACUUGGAGUACUUUAUGAGGUAUAUACAUCCGUUCAUUCCUAUUUUGGAUGAGUACAUAUUUAGAUCAAAUAUUGCAUCAAUCAUAAUAUCUGACAAUGAUAGGAGCAAACCUAAAAUAUCCUUGACGUCAAAAUUAGACUAUACUAGGAUUUCUCUAUUACUUGUCAUUAUGAGGCUUUCUUAUCUUUCACUACAUUUGAAAAUUUCAAUGACAGAGGAGACGUUAUCGCCAAUUAUAGAUUAUGUCUUGUCUUUCCCUCUAAAUCCGGACAUAUUCAAUAUAGUCCAGGCUUCGUUGGAUAAGCUUCAAUACUUGAGGAAAACUUCAACAGAGACGUUUCAGCUAUUACUACUUAUUCGAUUUUAUCAAUGUCGUGCAUGCGAAGAUGGUGAUGGGUUUGUGGGUACCGACGGGAAAGUGUUUGUUGGAUUGAUUACUUCUACUGCAAAAGUUCUAGGCCUUGACACUAAAUUCAAUGACCCCCGACCGAUACAUGAGCAUGAAGAGAAUAUAGAUAUGAACUCUUUCCCGUUACAUCUCAGAAUGAACCUCUUGACACGAGGUCCUGGUCCAUUUAUAAAUUUAUGGAAAAAACUUGGAAUUUUGACGUUGGAAGCUGAUUUGGGUCACUCGAUGGUUUCAGGCGCAUGUCCCUUGAUUGAUCAUGACCCAGAGAUGAGUAGAAAUCAUGGUCUAAUGUUUGACAAAGUCAACUCGAAUGUUAUUGACUUGAAACUUGAGGAAACAAUUGUUAAAAGAUUGCAAUUAUACGAAGAAAUAGAUUAUCCAGUUGCUCAAUUAUUUGCCAAAUUACACAGUUACAAGUCCAAAGCAAAAGUUGUAGAGGUUGAAGAGUCUCUAAGGAAUAUUUAUCAGAUCAUUGAGGAAAAGUACCGAUUAGUGGAUGUUGUUGAUGAAUACAGCAGGUUAUCCAACGUCAUGACUUUGAAGUCAAUUAUUGAAGUUUUCAAUUCAAUGUUAAUGAUACAGUAUUCGUUGGUGUUACAUCAGGAACAUAAUGCUUUAAAAUAUCCGGCUAUCGAGGAGGACUGUAAGAAGAAAAUCCUAACCAACAUCCCCACUAUAUUGACCCAAUCUAUAGUAUUAGCCGAUAGCAUGCUUUUGGCAUGGACGAAAAUAAGCUCGUUUACUUUUAAUCAAUUACAAAACACUGAGGCAGAGUACAAGGAUUUUAUUCUUAUAUUGGCUCCUGCUAUACAAAACGCCCUUCCUAAACUCAUGAUGAUUUUGUUUUUCAUUUCAAUAAGGAUCUUAACUUUCAGUCAUGCUAUCAAAGCAAAUGGACGGAGUAACGAAUUUGCGAACAAAAUCGUGCAAUUUGAGAAAAUGAAUAAGCACGUGUUGAUUUUAAUGAAAACGAUGAUCAUAGUUGGAGAACGACUAAGUAUAAACUGGUAUGCUGCGUUACGAAGCUACCUAUAUUUUAAGAAGUUGGUAGAGUGGUUUGAAAGUGGUGGCAAGUUUGCCCUUGAUUUCCAAAUUGAGUACAGCAGAACUGUUGAAUUAAAGGACAUCUCCGAGGAUAUCAGGAACCUGAAACAGGUGGAAAUGGUCAAUAGCAUUUUGACUUCAUUUGAUGAUAUAAUCAUUGAGAAUUUAAAUUUGAAGUUUGAAGUGAUGGAAAAGAACUAUGGUUUAGACAACAUUCAUGGGAUUUACAAAUCGGUGUUUGUCAAAUACGAGAGUGCAGACAUGAGCACCAUCCCGGAUGAUAUGUCGUUCAUGCAAAGCGGCACAACACCGGAUGAUCACAACUAUUACACUAAUGCCGGCAUAUUUGAGCCAAGCGAAUUUAUCGAUUGGGAUGAUGUUACAAAUUGGUUUAACCAAGGCAACGUGUUUGGUGAUAUAGGGGAUUCGUUAGAGCGUGAAAUAAAUAGUUUUAUAUAG